UGAUAAGAAAAGCUCCACCUUCACAUCAAUAGUAUAAGAUCAGCCAGACCCUAGACAGACGAUCAGAGCUUGCAGUCUUCUGUCAGAAUGACUAGACUUCUGCAGCUCCUGCUCCUGACCUGGACAUUCAGUCCUCUGUGUCCCUCAACCACUGUGAGUUUCAUUGGUUCACCAGAGCAAUGUAAAACUGCUCACUUUGUUCCAGGCUACAACCUGGGUGGAGAAGGCUUCGACAUUGUCAAAAUGCAAAGAAAAGCUGCCUAUGUCAUCGACACUGAAACAUGGAACCUUGGAAAUGGUACUUGCAGAAUGUACGAAAACAGCUACCAAAAUGGAGAGAAACAAAAGGUCCCUGUCUCUGUGGUGGACUGGAGAAGCGUCCCGAAAUGCAAUUUGAAGGUCUCCAGUAUGGUCUAUGAUUCUGUUGAAUCUCUCAUCAAUAGUUCCACAUCAUCUGUAUCCAACGACUGGAAAAUCGGUCUUAAUAUUCCUAUAGCCUCAGUUGGUUUUGCUAUUGGAGGUUCCCAUUCCAGGGUGGCUGAAUUUGGCAUGGCAAAGUCAAGAAAAGACCGCUACACCUUUACCUGCCAUUCUGUUAGCUGUAACUACUACAACUACAGACUGACAACAAGCCCUCCUUUGCAUCAAGAAUUUGAAACGGCUGUGAAGUCUCUUCCUCCACAUUCUUCUGGGUUACCAUAUCGCAAUUUGAUCGAUACUUAUGGCACACAUUACAUCACACAGGUUUUUCUAGGAGGGGAGAUAAAAGCAACAACAUCGUUUAAAACCUGCCAGGCAUCCAUGAAUGGGCUGUCAGCAACAGAAAUUAGUGACUGUCUGUCGGUUGAAGCUUCAGUUAACUUUGAUAGUAUGGCAAGCAUUAAGGCUAUGUAUGAAAACUGUAAGGCAAAAAAACAGAAACUUACCCAUGGUCAAAGUUUCAACACUGAGUUUAGUGAACGUAUCACUGAAGUUGUUGGUGGGGACAAAAAUGAUGUUGUGUUCUUCCAAGGGUUUGAUGAUCCCAGUGUCCAUAUCAAUUGGAAAGAGUCUCUUAAAACUACACCUGACAUUGUGACUUACAAUCUAAAGCCUCUGCACACAAUUCUGCCAGAUGGUCAUCCUGCUAAAGGUGGGCUUAAAGAAGAGGUGGAAAAGUAUAUUAAGGACAAUGCAGUGGUAAGAAAAUGUUCAGAAUCCUGUCAAAUUGGACAGAGAUCCAACAGCAGAGAUCCCUGUGAUUGUGUGUGUAACGGCAACCAGAAUAUUAAGUCAAACUGCUGUCCUGCCGGGAAAGGUCUUGCAACAUUGAGGGUGUACAAUCUUUAUGCUAAGGGACUGUAUGGUGAUUGUUGCUCUCAGACAGACGGUUCAGUGGUUGUUAAAUAUACUAACCAGGAAAAGCGUACUCAAUGUAUAGAUAAUAAUGACAACCCCAAAUGGUCAGAGUCAUUUGAUUUUGGACCCAUUGUUGUAAACAGCCAUGACAAACUGACAUUCACGGUUUAUGACGACGAUAUACUUUGGAAAAGGGACCUGCUUGGUAGCUGCUCCAUUGAUCUCCGUAGAGGAAUAGUUUCUAACAGUUGCAUGUUUGAUCAUGGUACCUUUUAUUUUAGCUACUCAGUUGAAUGUGCACCAAGCCUUGGUGGCAACCGGUGUGAGGAGUACAUUCCUUCUCCCAUGGAUCCGUCUUUGGCUAAAGUUUUCUACUCCAGAAAUGGGGUUCUGCUUGGAGAUUUAAAUAAGGGGUUUGCUAAAUCUGCUCCUCAGCCAGGUUUGGGCCAGCUGUGAGACGACUGGACAAAUGACAAGGAUUUGGAUUUGAAUCAUUUUUGCUUGUAGCAUUUCUGUCUUUGACUGUUAUAUUUAUAAAAAUAACAUAGUUUGCAAAUUCAGCCUAAAUCUGUACUGAUAACUUCUCUCUCUGUUUCUUCCUUUGUACUUGCAAAUUACUGCAAUAAAGCAUUCAUAAAGACAA